AUGAAGGGGAGGAAGACGUUGUUUGACUACUUUGAAGUUUCAAAGGAGAAAAAAGAAUGUUCUAAUGAGGCUUCAAAGAAAGAAUUUGAGGCUGAAAAUGCCGGAAACGAUGCAGGGGCCAUGCACCACCAUGGUACCAAAAGGAUGUGCAAAGCUUUAGGUCCUGAAAGCUGGAGUGAAAGAAGUAUUGGAGAGGAAUGGGCAAGCACAAGUGACAUGGAAGCUCCACAGGGAAGCAAUGGCAAAACAGACGAUAGAGAGGAAGGAGGCGAGAGGAGGGGAGUAGAUAAGGAGAGGAGAUACGGGUUUAUGGAGAACAUUAGAGAUAAGAAUGGAAGGAAAAGAGGGGACGAAGGAUACGAUCCCUCGACUCUUUUUAUACCGCAUGACGAGUAUAGCAGGUUUACGCCCUUUGAAAAGCAGUUCUGGGACAUAAAGAAGGAUCACUUUGACACCAUUGUAUUCUUUAAGAAGGGAAAGUUUUAUGAGCUAUAUGAGAACGAUGCACUUAUCGGUGCAAAACUGUUUGACCUGAGGAUAACAGACAGGGUUAACAUGAAGAUGGCUGGGUUUCCUGAGAGCAGCCUUGACUACUGGGCCAGGAGAUUUCUGGAGCAUGGAUACAAGAUUGCCAGAGUUGAUCAAAGCGAGAACAUGAUUGGGAAGCAAAUAAGAGAGAGAGAUGAGAUGAGCAAGAGUAAAAAGGGAGGAAUAAUGAAGGAUAAGAUAAUAAAGCGGGAACUCAAGGAGAUUAUCACCCAGGGAACGAUAUACAACAUAGAUUACAUAAAAUCUGCAAUUCCCAUGUACCUGAUGAGUGUUGCAACGGACGAUGUUUGCUAUUCCGAGGUGUGCCAGGGAGAGAUCCAUACCUCUGUCUUGCUAUAUGAUGCAAGUAUUGGGGAGAUAUACUUUUCAUCUUUCUGCGAUGACAGAUCUAGACAUGAGAUCAGGACGAUUCUUUCGCAGCACGAUGUCAAGGAGAUGAUUGCAGACUUUUGCAUUGAAGGGAUUCCGCGGAUUGUGCCUGACAAAACUGGGUGUGUGUCGAAUAAGAAGUACGAGUUUUCGAACGAAAGGGAGUAUGUGUGCUUCCAAUAUCUGAUGAAGUACAUGGAAAGGCUUCGAAGAGGCAAUGCUCUAGAGAAUGUGAAGAUCUCGAAACUUCAAGACAAAUCACGUGUUAUGAUUAUCGAUGACAUUACGCUUCGGAACAUGGAAAUAUUCAAAAACAACUACAACGGGACUGGCGAGAAGACGCUUUUCAGGGCUGUUGACUUUACUAGUACGCCUGGAGGGCAGAGGCUGCUGAGGAAAUGGGUAAUGGCACCUUUGGUGAAGAAAGAUGAUAUUGUGCGGAGGCAGGAGAUGGGGCAAAUGUUCAAGGGGAUGGAGACUUCAAGGCUAAGGGAUACACUUCAAAGGAUAGGGGAUGGAGAACGUCUUUUGUCAAAGCUCUACAAUGGAAAUCCCUUAGCGAAAGACCUAAGUAAGUUUAUUGUAUGUGUUGAUACUUGUAGAGAGGCAUUUGACACUUUAGGGCAGAUGAUGAGAGAAAGCGAAUGCGUCAAUGCCAAGGCGGUGGCUGAAAGGUCUGAGGAAUGCUCCCGAAAAAUAAACGAAAUACUUGGAUGGCAUCGCAAGGUCUAUGAUGUAACUGAUGCGGAGAUAUCUCCUGGAGAGCAUAACGAGGACGAGCUGUGCCACCUCCUAUGCGAGAAAGAAAGGAUCGAAAAUGACCUGAAUGAAUACCUACAAAAGCAAAGGGACAGGCUGAAGCUCGGAUCAAUUAGGUUCAAAGACAUAGGAAAGGAGAUAUUCCAAAUAGAGGUGCCCAAGGAGAUCAAGGCUCCCUCUGAUUACUAUAUAAUGUCAUCAACCAAAACCACCAACAGAUACUACUCUAGAGAUCUGAAGAAGCUCGUCGAAAGAUAUGUGGAAUGUGAGGAGAGGAUAUUCCAGUCCAAGGGGUCGCUACUUAGGAGGGCCAUCGAUAUGCUUCUCCCACAUGCCAUUUUCUUCCGUCAAAUGUUCUGCGAGCUUGCCAGCAUAGAUUGCUAUCUUUCGUUUGCAAUAUUUUCUCAGCGGAACAGGGCAUCGACGCCUGUCUUUUCUGAGAAGCUGUGCCUUUCUGGGAUGUCGAGUCCGAUACAUUCCAACUUUGUGGCAAACGAUUACGAUGCACAGAAAAGGAUACUUGUGCUUACUGGCGCCAACAUGGGAGGGAAGUCGACACUGCUGAGGACGAUAUGCCUCAACGUGAUUCUCAGUCAGGUUGGGAUGGAUGUGUGCUGCGAGAGAAUGGAAACGCCUCUCUUCGACAGGAUUUUCACAAGAAUAGGGGCCCGAGACAAUCUGGCGAAGGGGGAGUCGACCUUCAUGGUUGAGCUGGCGGAGACGGCCACCAUACUGAAGCAUUCGACAAGAGACUCGCUUGUGAUGAUGGACGAGCUUGGGCGGGGGACCUCAACUAAGGAUGGAGAAUGUAUUGCUAGGGCGGUUCUUGAGUACCUCAAGCAGAAGGAGUGCCAUGUCCUGUUUUCAACGCACUACCAUGGAAUAAUUGAGGAGGUCGAGGGAGUCAGCAAUGGGUACAUGGGCUCUGUAGUCAAAGGAAAGGACAUUGUGUUUCUGUACAAACUCAUGAGCGGCAUAUCCCGGGACUCCCAUGGGCUAUAUGUUGCAAGGAUGGCCGGGGUUCCUGAGGCUGUUGUCAGGAAGGCAGAAAAGGUCAGAGAAAGGUUGAAGGGCCCAUAG